GUUAAAGCAUAUCCAUUGCCCAUACCUCUGACUAGGAUCCUCGGAACCAAACACUUCAGCUUUGGUUCUCAUCUGUUCACUAUCUUAUAUUGUAGAUGUACUUUAUGUUCUGUCUUCUAUUCAGAGAACUAAAGUGAAUUGACUCAGAGAAGAAAGAGAAAGAGAGAGAGUAAACAUGGAUGCUUGUUUUCUUACCUCAAGAUCAAUCUCUGGUGUCAAAGAGCUUGUCCCGUUCAUCAAAGCCAGAAUCAUUUCUUGCCCCAAGAGAAGUUCUUGCCAGUUUCUCACCAGGAAGCUUGCUUCUCCCAUCUCUGUAAAUUGUUCUCUUUCGGAUUCAUGGAAGCCACUGGACGAUGAUUGUGUCAACAAUUCAACAGCAGAUGCUGACUGGAGAGAGUUCAGGGCAAGACUCGUAGCUGGAGAGCAAGGUGCAACCUCUGAGAAGGACUCUUCCUCAUGGUCUAACCCUGACAUGGUGGUUGACUGUCCGUCAUCAUCGUCCACACUGAUCACAGUUGGCACCAAAUGGGCACACAAGAUCCACGAGCCAGAGCCAGGGUGUCUCCUAAUCGCCACAGAGAAGCUAGACGGAGUCCACAUCUUCGAAAAGACAGUGAUCCUCAUCCUCUCUGUUGGACCCUCGGGUCCUAUAGGAGUCAUCCUCAACCGUCCAUCGCUUAUGUCCAUCAAGGAGACUAAAUCAACGGUCUUAGACGUGACGGGAACGUUUUCAGACAAGAGACUCUUCUUUGGUGGACCUUUGGAAGAAGGGUUGUUCCUGGUGAGUCCGAGGAGUGGCGGGGACAACGAGGUUGCGAAGAGCGGAGUGUUCAAACAAGUGAUGAGAGGAUUGUACUAUGGGACGAGAGAGAGUGUGGGAUUGGCUGCAGAGAUGGUGAAGAGGAAGUUGGUGGGAAGAAGUGAGCUAAGAUUCUUUGAUGGGUAUUGUGGUUGGGAAAAGGAGCAGUUAAAGGCAGAGAUCUUGGGAGGGUACUGGACUGUUGCUGCUUGUAGCUCGAGUGUUCUUGAGCUUGGUUCUGCUGUUCAGAGUCAUGGUCUUUGGGAUGAGGUUCUUGGACUCAUUGGUCCUCAAACUGGCUCUGUUAUCUAA